AUGUUGCUAUUCCUCAGUCUGAGAUACACCACUGUCAUCCGCUAUGUCUGUGGUCGCUCAAUCUCGAGGCUGAGCCCCCAUCGCCAAAGUAUCGCUCUGCACUCUACCACAACAAGAUUGCACACAGCUCUAUUCUUUCCCGGUCAUGGCGUACAGCGUGUGGGAAUGGCUAACUCCUGGGUUGAGAAUUUUCCUAACACGGCCAGACCAUUCUUAGAAGAGAUGGAUGAUACUUUGGGAUUCAACCUGUCUCGAACUAUAGCAAAUGGCCCAAAUUGCGAGUUAAACAAGACUGAGAAUUCCCAACCUGCUAUCAUGGCGACGUCCAUAUUAAUCCUUCGCAUAUUGGAGAAGGAAUUCGGUUUCGACACGAAAUCUCGUGUGAAUGUAACACUUGGACAUAGCUUGGGCGAGUUCUCUGCUCUGGUAGCUGGUGGCUAUCUUAAGUUCAGAGACGCGCUAAGAUUGGUUCGCCGUCGGGCGGAGAUUAUGGCUGAAUGCACCCGUCAAGCCUCUAAACAAUCCGGAGAAGACUAUGGCAUGGUAGCUCUGAUUUGCGAGCCGGCUCAUCUCGAAUCUUUACUUUCGGCCAUACAUGAAUUCACAGGUCAUCCUUCCCCCGACUUAAAGGACGAUUCGAGUCACGGAUUACCCACAAUUCAACAAGUUAUGAUUGCCAACAUCAACUCCAAAAACCAAAUAGUACUAAGUGGGAGCAUUCAUAGGAUUACGACUCUUCUCAUCCAGCUUCGCCAAUUUGGUGGCCACGACCCACGUGCUGUGAGGUUGAAGAGCGAAAGCCCGUUCCACAAUCCCAUCAUGGCGCCAGCUGCAGGGUAUAUGAGACAUGAAUUAGAAUACGUCGACAUUGAAUUCCCCUCACAGCUGCCGUGUAUAUCAAACGUCUCUGGUCUACCCUUCGAAUCAAAGGACGAUUUGAAAAGCCUUUUGUCUAGACAAUGCGUUGAAACGGUUAAAUGGUGGGACAGUAUUCGUUAUCUUGACCAAGAUAGAGGAGUCAAAAGAUGGAUUGGCAUCGGGCCAGGCAAGGUCGGCAGAAAUCUGGUCGGCAAAGAAGUUGGUAAAGUUAACACCAAAGGAGGUGGCGUUUGGGCUCUUAGUGAUCCCCGAGAGCUGGAGAAUGUUUUGAUGGCGCUGCAAAACACUGAAAUCGACGUCUUAACUCAAUGA